GCGGGGUCCUGGCCGCAGCGCGCUCCGCCCCCCGCAUCCCGGAAGUGAAGGCGCCGCUCACUUCUGGCCGCGGCCGCCGCUCGGAGGAGACUUGGGCGCCCCUCCCCCCGCAGGAGUCUCAGCAGCCCCUCCGGCGCCGCCAUGGCGGAGAACGACGUGGAUAACGAGCUGCUGGAUUACGAGGAUGACGAGGUGGAGAACCAGGCGGCCGGCGACGGGGUGGACGUGCCCCCCAAGAAGGACGUCAAGGGCUCCUACGUCUCCAUCCACAGCUCCGGCUUCCGGGACUUUCUGCUGAAACCCGAACUCCUCCGGGCCAUCGUCGACUGCGGCUUCGAGCACCCCUCGGAAGUGCAGCACGAGUGCAUCCCGCAGGCCAUCCUGGGCAUGGACGUGCUGUGCCAGGCCAAGUCGGGCAUGGGCAAGACGGCCGUGUUCGUGCUGGCCACGCUGCAGCAGCUGGAGCCCGUCACGGGGCAGGUGUCGGUGCUGGUGAUGUGCCACACGCGGGAGCUGGCGUUCCAGAUCAGCAAGGAGUACGAGCGCUUCUCCAAGUACAUGCCCAGCGUCAAGGUGGCGGUGUUUUUCGGGGGCCUGUCCAUCAAGAAGGACGAGGAGGUGCUGAAGAAGAACUGCCCCCACAUCGUGGUGGGGACGCCGGGCCGGAUCCUGGCCCUGGCGCGCAACAAGAGCCUCAACCUCAAACACAUCAAGCACUUCAUCCUGGACGAGUGCGACAAGAUGCUGGAGCAGCUCGAUAUGCGCCGGGACGUCCAGGAGAUCUUCCGCAUGACCCCGCACGAAAAGCAGGUCAUGAUGUUUAGCGCCACCCUGAGCAAGGAAAUCCGCCCCGUCUGCCGCAAAUUCAUGCAAGACCCCAUGGAGAUCUUCGUGGACGACGAGACCAAGCUGACGCUGCACGGCCUGCAGCAAUACUACGUCAAGCUGAAGGACAACGAGAAGAACCGCAAGCUCUUCGACCUGCUCGACGUGCUGGAGUUCAACCAGGUGGUGAUCUUCGUCAAGUCGGUGCAGCGCUGCAUCGCGCUGGCCCAGCUGCUGGUGGAGCAGAACUUCCCGGCCAUCGCCAUCCACCGGGGCAUGCCCCAGGAGGAGAGGCUGUCCCGCUACCAGCAGUUCAAGGAUUUCCAGCGCCGGAUCCUGGUGGCCACCAACCUCUUCGGGCGGGGGAUGGACAUCGAGCGGGUCAACAUCGCCUUCAACUACGACAUGCCCGAGGACUCCGACACCUACCUGCACCGGGUGGCGCGCGCCGGGCGGUUCGGCACCAAGGGCCUGGCCAUCACCUUCGUGUCGGACGAGAACGACGCCAAGAUCCUGAACGACGUGCAGGAUCGCUUCGAGGUGAACAUCAGCGAGCUGCCCGACGAGAUCGACAUCUCCUCCUACAUCGAGCAGACCCGAUAAGGGGCGUCCUCGACACUCCUCGUCCCGCGUCGUCGUCGUCCUUUUGGUGGUUUUAAACCCCCCCAAAGACCCCGUUUCAUUUCCACGCGACCCCGAGAGCUGAUGAGGAGGAUGGAGAAGAUGGCCCAGGCCCUGCCCCCGCCCUGGGGACCGCAGCCCUGCCAGACUUCGGGGGGGCAGGACGGGGGGGAGAACCAUUGGAAGAGCGGACUGGAGCGGUGGGGGGCGUAGCAGGGUUCACCCCCGUCCUGCCCUGCUGUGGGAGAAGGAUCCCACCUCACCCCCCAGCUGUGGGAAGCAUCCCACGACUGCCACCAAUGAGCCCUGGCCUUUGUUGGUGCCGAUGGAAGGGAUCCCACUACUGCCACCAACAGUCCUGGGAUCCACCACCGAGGAGCCCUGAUCCCCCCCCGUGGGCCCUAACCGAGGGAGAUCCCAGUGCUACCACCAGCGACCCCUGGGCUGGGCUCCCUCGCCUGGCGCCAGCGCCGCCCCCCGUCCUGCAAGAAUUUCAACACUAGCGAGCCCUUGGCUCCCCCGGUCCCUGCCACUCGCGGCAAGUUUGUGUUUUUAUAGGAAAUGAGAAAAUCCUGGAAAAAAAAGCUCCCACCCCCCCCCCCGCGUCCUUUUUUUUUAUACCACGGUUGGAGCCGGUUUUACCAGCGUCGGGCGGGUUUGUGCGUUUCCCCAUUUUUCGUUGUCUGCAGGGAGCGUGCGGGGCCGGGCCGGGCGAGCGGGCGCUGGGGGGCAGCGCGGGGGGGGGCCGCUCGUGGGCGGCUUUGGAAGCGUCGCCCUGAGGAUGGAUUAAAAGACUUGUCAGAA